UCCUGUAUAGACGCAGGCAAACAUGUCGGUGGUGUGUUAACACCGGCGUGCCUUGUAAAAUCAGUUUUGGUUUGAAAGCUCGUUCUUUAGUUUUAGCUUCAUCCGCUAGCAGUUAAAAUGGUGCAAGAAUACCAGUCGCCCGUAAGGGUUUAUAAGUACCCUUUUGAGAUAGUCAUGGCGGUGAGUAGUUUAGCGUUUUCAUUCAUUUGGUGAAGUUUUCGAUGAAUCAUUCUCUCUUUUUAUUUACGCAAUCCGAUCACACUGAUUAUACUUAAUAGCUCUUUUAUCGAUACGAAGCUAAUGAAACUAGUAAUCUCACGUUCACUUGGUGAUUGCCUUCAAGUAGAAUUAAUUGUGUAAUAGUUGAGUCAGCGACCGGCGGCGCCUGGUUGUAAAUACGAUGCCUCUAAUUGUCCAACUGAUAAACCUUCACCGUUAGAGAAUCAAUUUCGCGGCUGUAAUCUAUGAACUCUCACUCAUUUUUUUUACAGGCUUACGAAAAGCGUUUUCCUACUUGCAAAAUGAUUCCAGUAUUUCUUGGCAGCGAUAUUUUGUCAGAGUAUAAGAGCGAAGACGGCGCGGUACACAACAUCGAAAGGAGAUGCAAACUCGAUGUAGAUGCUCCGUAUCUAUUAAAGAAAGUAAGUAUUGACCAGAAUUGUAGCUAAACAAGAAAGAUCUUUAACUUAAAGGAAAUACACCAGUGGGUUGUGUGAACGCAGUUCUCUUACGAAUGUAAAUUUGGCUAGUAACUUGCUUGAUUUCCUCGUGCAUAGAAAUUUGUUGUACAGUUGAUCAGUUGUUAUCAUGACGUGACUGUCGAAAACAUCAAAACAUGGUACUCGAUACUGAAUUAUCUAGGACUGUGAUACGGCUCGAUCGACAUCUUCAUGAUAUCGGAAGGAAGGGUGGUUCAGAAAUAAUUUUUUAAUCUUGGUGCAGGUUUAAAUUUUUCCAAAAUUUCAUUUUGCUGCAGAUUAUUGGCGUGGAGUAUGUGUAUUUCAAUCAAACGAACUGUCUCGACCGGCGCGAAAGGACUUUGACAAUCACUGCUUUCAACGAGAGCUUCUCGUCUCGUGUUUCUGUCACAGAACACUGCUUCUAUUCGGUAAGUUUAUUUGCUCCUUCGUCACCUGCCCGAAGGCGAAGAGGGCAAAUCGAGAAGUUUCUGUCCACAUAUUUUAAAUUAAAGUCUCAUUUUUUUUCUCCAAGUUUGAUAUUGUCUCAGCAACUAACACUAAAUUCACGUAACUUGCAAUUUACGUUUGUGAUAGUCUACUUUGAGAUUUUGCCAAUGACUUCAAAGUAAACACCGCAAGAUGAGUAUGAAAUAAACAGUGCCAAAGUCUUUUGGUAGUGCACGAACAUUUUAUAGAUUUAAGGAUAAACACUUGUCUCCUGUCCCACGGGAAAAUUUGCAUUACAAUCAGGUAAAACCACAAAUGACUAUUCCAAAGUUUUCACGGGCCGAUAUGAUGUUAUUAUACCUGCUUAUUUGGAUUGGAAGUAAUAAAUAAUUUAUUGAAUUAUGAUUAUCAGCUUUCUACCCAAAUAUUAUUAAUAACACUAGGAGCCUUGUGCAUACCCAGAAGAAAGUGAUGUAAUGUGUAGCAGGCUUGUAAGAAGAUUUGUUUGGGUCAUGUUUUGGCAUAAUUUAAAUUUAAAAAAGUUUAAAUUAUAAAUUUAAAUUUUUAGGAAUAAUCUGGGAACGGUGUUUUUCAUUUGUAUUGGCUGAUGUUUUAUAUUUUGAAGAGUAUUAUUAUUGAAUUGUUAUACUUAGGCAUGGAAAGAACUAGACAUAGCAUUUUCCAAUUGGCAAAAUUUCGUAUGAGUAUGAAAUCUGCAAGGUUACAUUCUCGGCAGGGAUUUUCUGUAAUGCGUAAUACUGUGUGUUGUUUUUGAGGUGUUUGUCUCAUUUUAUGCGGGCUAAAAACACAGAAUGAUAGAGCUGAAUAAUAUAUAUAUAUAUAUAUAUAUAUAUAUAUAUAUAUAUAUUUUGAAUAAAAGCUUUUUUAUGCUUAACUUUUAAUAUGCAAGAUGCUUUUGCUUAAAGUAGAACUUUGCCAAGUCAUCCCCUAUUUACAUUGAAGAUAUAGAAAAUUGACUCUAAAUGAUGCACAAGAAAAAUCUGUUUAAUUAUUUUGUACAGAGAGGAACAGUCUUACUCAGUGCUACAUUUAUGAGAUAAUAAUAGUAGGUCUGGAAUGAGUGAGUAUCUUUGUUCACCCCUCUAGCUGCACAUCUGCUUAUAAAUAAAUUGUGAGAAUUUGGUGUCAGAUCAAGAUCACAACUUUUACUGAUAAGUUUGAGAAUGAGCUCAGAAUUCUUGAUCUAGCAUCACUUGUGCUAUCUGUUAUGUCUUUGCAUAUAUGUAUCCUUUGUUAAUUCAUACCAUUGUUGGCUUUCUAGGUUCAUCCCGACAAUCCUGACUGGACUUGUUUUGAGCAGGAUGCCACUUUGGACAUCAAGUCAUUCUUUGGUUUUGAGGCAGCCAUUGAGAAGUUGGCCAUCAAGUUGUAUCUUCAGAACAUCAAGAAGGUGAUCUUGGGGUUCUUCAUAGUAAUCCUCUAUCUGUUUACUUCUUGGUGAUUUUGUUUUAUCAACUGAAAUGAUCAAGUUAAUUAGCCACUGUAAAGAGCUUCUAAAACUGAAUUAUGUUUUGAAUGUUGACCCCCUGUCAGAGUGAACAGUGAAGGGUUAAUGCUUGUAACACCAGCUUCAGAAACUCUAUACAGAGGCCAAUAUCAUGAUAAAUUCAAAUUAUCUUGUAAUUCCCCCCUUGCCCCAGCAAGGCAGUACCAUAGGUUACGUAGAAAUUUAUCUCCCCUGUAUCUCUUCUAAGCAGCUACCUAAUCCUCAUACUGUGGUGAAAAACUGUUAGCUUUAGAAACUCUCUACAGUGGCCAAUACCAUGAUAAGACCAAAUUUUCUUUAAUUCCCCCCUUUUCUCAGCAAGGCAGUACCUCAGUUUAUUUAGAAAAUUAUUGUUAUUUGAGUUUACAGGAGGUUGAGUUAAUGAACAUCACAUUUUGGGAACUUGUGCUGUAAGCACUUACCAUUCAUCGGCUUACUGAUUCCUUAUUUUAUGUUACGUAGUACUUUAGGGGUAGUUUAUGUUGUGAAAUUUAACAGUAGCUGCAGUUAACAAGCUGAAUUACCAUCUGUCUCUCGUUAGUUCACUUAAAUCACCACCUUCACAAGCUGCAAGGGUUUUACCAAGUGUUUAACACUAAUAUCAUGAAACUCGUUAGUCCCAGUAUCCACAGAUCCUUUUACCAGAAAAAAAAAUUAUUAUCAAAUGUUGUGUUUUAUGACAUCAGAAAUUCUUACGUUAUCAUUCAUCAGGGAAAAGAAGUGAUUCAGUACUACAUUGAUGAGUUGAUUAGUGAAGGGGUGACAUAUCUGGCUCCCUUUGAGAAUUCUCGUGGACGCCCGAGAACAAAGAGUGCAGAAGCUGUAAGUAGUGAAGACCAAACAGAGGAGGAUGGUAAUGCCCUUCCUAUUGCAAGCUCUGCAAUAGAAGCUUCUGAUGUGGUACCACUUGCCUCCAGACCAGGUGAGUGUAAAAUAUACUGAAAAACUACUUUAAAUCUGGAAAAAAUAAGAAAGAGUUGGAAACAUGGAAAACUGUGGUUAUAUGCCCAGUCCCCCCACUCUGUUAUAGCUCUCCAUUUUGCAGCUCAGUCAUUCAGAUCACCUAAUUAGAAGGUUGCCAAUGAAUUUAUCCUCAUGAUAGCACACAACUUCUGACUACUGAGAGAGUAAAGAGGGAUAGUUUUCUAAAGAACUGUUAGUGGUGCCUUGUCUGUGGAAGGUAUUACAAGAUUAUUUGCUUUUAUAAACUGAGGUGGUGACAUGAAUUGACCACUGUAAGGAGUUUUUAAAGCUGAUGUUUUGAGGGUUGGCUCUUUAUCAGGGUGAGAGAGUAUGUGGUUAGUUAACUAUAGCUGCUGUAGCUUUUCUUUCAAUAAUAGAAUGAAAACUAUGCAUUAAUGUAGAUUCAUGAACAUCCACUGGAUUAAAAAUAAAAUCAUACCUAAAAUUACAAUUACUAUGAAAUAGCUUUCAAUAAAAUCAAGAUAAGAUCAUAACUCAAGCUAAAGAAUGCCCCAAAUUUGGGUCAACCAGCUAAACACACAUACAAUGAUAAAAGGAUAGUAAUAACUUCUUUGCAACAUCAGUGUUAACUGGGGAUAUAUUUUGGCCGUCAUUGGUCUUUCAAGGCAAAUUGAGUUAUUUAGGGUAAUGUAACAUAUGAGUUUCAAAAACAACUCAAAGAUAUGAGUGGAAAAAAGUUAUUCUAAUCAAUGCAGUAUGUUAGACUUCAUUUAUCCCUUAAAAAUAUUAACAGGAUUGAUAUAAAUUUGACUCUUAAAUCAUUUACUGGAUACCAUUUUAACAACUGCAAGGAUAUUGUGAGGUAUUAUAAUGGAAAUGUUGUCGGGUUCAGUUGUACAUUGUUCAUCUUGGUUAUUUGAGUCAAUUCAUUGUUAUGAGUGGUGUCAAAGGGCAAGUAGCUUGAGCAAGAUUGUUUUUACUUAGAUACUGGUACAUUUGGCUUGUUGACAAGGUUGAGUUACAAGCUAUGAUAAUCUUAAAUUCUUGUUAAGAAAUCCCCCUGCUGUUUUUCCAAUUUUUUUGGUUCAAAUUUUUGUUACAUAUUUUCUGUUUAAAAUUUUUGUUUCAUAUUUUCUGAUUAUAUCAUAGUGACUAGUGGUUGGUUUUCAGAAAGUUUUUUUUCUUUUACGAGGCAGCUUUACUGUAGGAGAAGGCAUUUGUAUUUGCCAAAUCUUUUAAUUUGUAAUCAAGAAUCAGAGGGAGAACAAUGCAGGUGGUUGAUUUCAAUGGGUGCAGGAAGUGAGUUAAUGCUAUGUGACUUUCCUGUGCUACUCUUAGCCCAGUUUAUGCCUGCAUGGAAAGUGGUUUCCUGAACAAACAUACCUUUUGACCUUGUUUAACACGUAAUGAUGGCAUGCUUGGUAACAGGAAAAGACUUGUGCUUUGCUGCAACAAAUUUGAGAUACUCCUUACCUAUACAUUCAACUAUGUUUUGAUGAUAACGACAGUAACCAUGAAAGAAUAAAGGUACUAGAUAUGUUUUAAUUUACUAAAUGUAUAUUUUGUGGAAAGCUGUCCACCAACUGUAAAUCAUAUGUGAUUCUGUGAAUCACAUAUUAAUUUAACACUGAAAACAUGUAACCUUAAAUUUAUACCAUUAAUGAAUACCUUGUUUGUGGUGAUGAAGUAAGAAAUAUCAUAAAGCUUGUUAUACAUUGUUCGUUUACUACAUUUACAUUUAUUUCAAUAAUUUCUGGAGUGAUCAACAAUUUUUAGUUUUAUUUUGUUGUUGACAGAAGCACAGUUCAAAGUAGUUUCCCCUUCCAAUAAGGAUUAUUAAUGUUUAACUUUGCCAAGAGUAUCAUUUAAAUUUUUUCAACUAUCUCAUCUUUCAUAAAUUUGCAUGAAAGCAUAAGUUCAAAACUUUUAGGCUUUAUUUUUGUUGUAAAAUAAUUUACAUGUGAUUAAUAUAAUUCAUUUUUACAAGUUGAUUUUCAUAAUUUUUGCUUAAAGAAAUCUUAAUGCAAGAAAAAUACACUCUGUCUUGCAACAGACAAACUUAAACCAAAGAAAAAACAAUAAAUGAUAAAUUUACAAAAAGUCAGAAUGAAAUUGGAAAAGGCAUGUGAAAACAUGAGUAACAAAGUGGACCAGCAAUUAAAAAAAUAGGUAUACAGUCAUGUAGCAAUAGCAGAAGUAAAAGCCGUGUUUAUAUAGGUACGCAGCUAUUAAGCUCUAAAUUUAUAACUUAUAGGGAAAUUUAAAAUGACAAUUACAGAACAGUUUUUGUGUAAUAUUCUUGAACAUCUGGUUUUAUGGACAUGCUGUCUGAGUUUAAUUUGAAUUUCUGACGUCAAGGAUCCUAAUUUAGUCAACAAUAAAUACAAUUGAAAUCCAAUUGAAGUGGACACGAACAGGCCUGAAUCAUACAACACUUAAACAAAGGACAGCAUUGGAACAUGUUUGUGGCUCAUUUGCUUCAGUUGCUAUAUUUAAUUCCUUUUCCCAAAAGAGCAGUGAACAUAUGCUUUACAAAUGAAGUCACACCAGGCAACCCAGCAAGGUAUUUUACAGGAUUCUUACAAUUUCAUCCAGCAUUAAGUACGAGGUUUUGUCAAAAAUUUUCUGUCACCUUUUCCUAAACUAUAAUGUAUUUUGUUGCACAGCUAUGAAAUGUUCAGCUUAAGUAAAGGUGGCGUCAACAUUUUGUUUUACUGAAUACAGUGAACCAUUUUAGAAUGUGGUUUAGUUCUUCUUUGUCAUGAGAUAAUAAAUUCUAUUGACUUGUUUUAAAAUAUAUGGUAAGGUGAAAAAUGUUUUCUUCAUUUCAGACCAUUUUUAAGGCCCUUGAAAAAUUAACACAAUUAAUUUUUUUUGGCAAUAUGUUUCCAAAAUGUGCUUGAAUAUUUAUAUUUGUAGAACUAAAUUGCAUAUUAAUUGACUUUGUCAAGAACUAAUUCUGUCUAUAGAGUUACAAACUUGUAUGACUUGCAUCUUGUACUGAAUUAGUUCUAGAUGAGAAUGAAAGAAAGAAACUUUUCCACAGGAACUAGCUCUAGCAUCAGCUUAAACUCAAUAAAGAGCGGCUCAUGAUCUGAUAAUAACCUGCUUUGGUAGAAGACAAAUGUGUCUAAUGCUCAUAGAUAAGCUGUCCCUGCUUAGUAAAAUGAAAAGGACUUGAUCAUCAAUUAAUUAACUUUGUAUGCUGUUGUCCUGCAUUGUGCCUUGUGCAGCACUUGGCACAAAACAGAUAUAAGAUUGCAUUUGAUGAAAAUUAUGAUGAAUAAUGUGAACAUGAACCUAGGGUUAUUUCAUUGCAAGAAAAUAUUUUUUGGCAUUUUCAUUGCUAGAAAGCUAUUUAAAGUGAAAUUUUCGACUGAAUGUUCAAUUUUCAAUUCAUUUCACAAGAAAGCUGUUUUCUGUAGUGCAAGAAAAAGUAGUAGACAUUACCUGCAUGUUUAUGGAAGGUACUCCAUGGUUUUUGUCCCUUCACAAAUUUUGCCAAACUCACAAAAUCGUCAUUAAAAGCCAUUUCAGUCUGUGUUUUCUUAGCAGUUGCAUCUGUAGUGUUUUUCUAACUUACCAGAUUUCCUCUUAUUUGCUGCAGUUAAGUUGCAUUGAAUAUAUACUUGGCUGAAAAAACCUCAAAAUACUGAUCCAACAUUGCACUUGUUAAGUCUUUCUGAUUAAAUGAUAGAAGCAUUCAGAAGGGUUUAAGUGGAUUUGGAAAAUGACUGUUAGUAAAAAAAUUGUCGAUAAGAAUUUUUUUAAGUCAGCUUGUUUUGCAUUUUCAGACUACAAGCUUGAUGAUGACUACAUUCAGAGGUUCCUUGGAAAACUUAGUCCCAAGGAAGAGAACCAACUUAUUCAGGUAACUGGCCUUGUUUCAGGCAUGUAGAAUAAAAUGUUGUGGUCCUUGCAUCAUAACUUUUUGUACCACCAAAGCUUUGCUUCAAUCUAUUUUUUACCCAGCUUAUAGGUAUAUUGAGUAUACUUGUAAGAGAAACAGCUGUUGACUAGUCAGCACUAGGAUCAUGUAAUAGUCUUGUUGCAUCUGGUUGUGCUUCCUUUUUUUCUUUUAAAGUAAAAACAAAAAAACUCUUCUAAAUUACUGUGUUCUACUUGUUAUUUCUUUAUAGCUGCGCAAGAAACUCAGUGCUACACAUCAAGGAAAGGUACUUGAUUUUUUUAAAUUAACUUCCUCAGAGCUUUUUACAGGAGAGUCAGUGUAUUUAGAUGUUUCAGUUAUGCUAAUUUAUUGUUUUUCGUUGACAGAUGCCUAAUGAUGCUCAUCUUUUAAGAUUUCUCAGAGCACGAGACUUCAAUUUAGACAAGGUACUAAUGGAACAUUGUGUUCUUGCAGUUCGAUGCGCUUUUCUAUAAUAAUGUUGGUUGCAUGUAUGGCAUUGUUUUGAAACUUCCUUUUGUCCCAUUAAGGUGUAUGAGAUGCUGUGUGAGUCUCUGGCGUGGCGACGCCAUCACAAUAUAGACAACAUAAGGGAGAUAUGGCAGCCUCCUGAACCUCUCUUGAGCUACUACAGUGGAGGAUGGCAUAACAAAGAUAAAGGUGAGAACCUUGUUGUGACGAAAAAUUCCUUAGAUGAAAGAUUGAUGUGGUUAUUCAAAAUUCUCCCCAAAUUCCUUAGUUAGCAGUACUGACUUAACGCGAUUGUAUACCUUCAUAGCAAACUUGCAGCAACAGAAUUCGUAUGGCCAAUCAAAUGAUUUGUCAUGUUAAUCAAAAUAGAUAAGCAUAAGCCUGUCAGUGUUUUCCUUUUCAGGUAGUAACCAAUAACAUUUCCUGCCUGUAGUAUCUCUUAUUGCUACCUAAAAUCACUCGGAAUUCUUGAAAAUUUUACCCAUAAAAGGAUUGCUCUUACCUGCUGUGUGUAAAAUAAUAAAAUAAUAAGGGAGAAUUCUGACUUUUGGCUGAGAAAUUUUUUUGAGUGUCUUACAUGCAUUUCAGAGGGAAGGAGGAACUAGCUGAUUACUUGUUAACAAUAAUAAAUCCACAAGUACCAUGAUCAUUAAUUUCAAUUUUUUUUCACUUUUUGGCAUUAAUUUACCUGCUUCCAGCCCAGUAUUAGUAUGCCAAAAUAUUUGCAUGUUUAUUAUUACCAACAAAAGGCAUAAUGUUUCUGAUAUGUAGAAAACUCUCUAUUGAUUAAGCUCUGAAUACCAGGUACGGCUGUAUAAUGAAUUGAGGUACAUGAACACUGUAACUUAUAAAUGUUACUGGUAUUAAUAUUAUUGAACUGCAAGGUCUAUUGAUUCAGGACUAACAGAUUCAAUCAAUCACUAAAGUAUUAUUUUACAUUGACAGUACUUUGCAUUUGUCUUGUGCCAAUAGAUUUUUCUGGAGAUUUUAUUAUUUUUCCCUAUUUCUGAUUCAUAUAGAGGGGCGCCCAUUGUACAUACUCCGGCUAGGGUCCAUGGACGUGAAAGGUCUCCUUAAAGCUGUUGGUGAAGAUGGCUUUCUUAAACAUGUAAGUUUUUCAUAUCAUUUACUACAAAAUAACUUGAUAUGCCAUCCUUUCUACAAAGUCUUUGUGGGGACUUGUGAUCACAGCCAUAUCUGCCCAGGGUUAAUUAACACUCAAAGCAAACAGUUAUGAAUAAAGGGGGUAAGUUUCUAAAAAGGAAACUGUGGUGCUGCAUCAGUGGGGGAGUAUUAAAAAAUAAUUUAGUUUUAUCAGCUGAGUUGAUAAUGUAAAUUGGUCACUGUAAAGAGUUUCAAAGGUGAUGUUUCCAGCAUAAGCCCUUUGACAGAGCAAAUGACAAAAGGCAAAUGCUCAUAACAUCAGCUUUGAAACUCUUUAUGGUAACCAAUUUACAUUAUCAACUUAGCUGAUUAAACCAAACAAUUUAAUUUCAUGAUCAUACAUUUUAAAACUUUCUUGUGUUUGGGUUUUGGAACAAAAACAUGUGCAAAGCUUCAAAUUCUUAUGAUUCAAUAAAUGAUUGAGGAACUGACUAUUAAUUUUACAAAUGUCUUUUAAUUUUUAACAAGGUUGUCUCAAUUAAUGAAGAAGGACUAAGAAUGACUGAAGAACUGACAAAACAAACAGGGCAUCCAAUCAGGUAAUACAGGGCAGAAUUCAUCAGACUCAAGCUUAUAGAAUUGGUAUAUACUAGAUUUCUGUCUGUUUGUCAGUGGCUGUUUGCAUUCUCCGCUCCUUGUGGGUGUUAUCUCCCUCUCCUCAUGAACAAUUAAUUUUUUUCUCAAAUCUAUGCCCCUUUGUUGUUUUUAUGCAGAUAUUCUUCUGGUCUGAGUGUUAUGGAAUACUUUCUUAUUUAAAAUGGCUAGUUCACGUCUUGCAUGUGGGGGUUUUGAUUGAAAUUCCAUAGGGUUUGUUGUCCUCUGGGGGAUCAUUUCUACAUAUAGGUUGAGUUGGCUUAAGGAAGAUUAUUUAGCUGCUGUUUUGUAUCACAGUGAUUUCAUACAAAAUAGACAUAUUUGUUGAUUAAUGUUUGUUUUGUUACAGCUCAUGGACGUGUGUUUGUGAUUUGGAAGGCUUAAGCAUGAGGCAUCUUUGGAGACCUGGUGAGUUGACAGUUCUUUGAUUAGUUUUAACAAAUACACAGGUGAUGGAUUUAAUGUUAUAAUGUCACCAGAACUACUUCCUUUAUUUUUGUUGACUUCUUGCCAAAGGUAAUCAGGUGAAAAUACUUAAAAAGUUUUUAAGAGUAAUUAUCUAGAGCUUUGGAUUCUGAUUAGAAGACAAAUGUUAGGGCUUGAUGCAUUUAUGUUACGCAUAGGUUAUAACUUUAACUACAGUGAUAAGUAGUUAGAUAUUUUUUAGGUUAGGAAGUUACAAAAUUCUCCCUCUUACAUGACCCUAUUUAAACAACCUCUUUAGCUCAGUGUAAAACUGUUUGGCAACUUAUUGAUCAAGAAAUUAUUUCUCUUAUUAGGGAUCAAAGCCUUAUUGAAGGUGAUUGAGGUUGUUGAAUGUAACUACCCUGAGACAAUGGGUAGACUGCUGAUUGUACGUGCACCCAGGAUAUUUGGUGUUUUGUGGACACUGGUCAGUCCUUUCAUUGAUGAAAACACAAGGAACAAGUUCCUCAUUUAUGGAGGAAAUGACUACCAGGUAAUGAUAGUAAGCAAUUUAUUUUCUUGUCUUUUUAUGCCCUUGAGAGUAAUCCUGAAAAGGACUGUUCUCAUGAUGAUGAUGACUGAUGUUAGUUUUUGAAAAAACCCAUUUGUUACCACUAUGAACUUGGAUGACUCUGAGGAACUCUGUUUCUUUCCCUGGAACAUCAGUUUAAGUAAGCUGCAUAAUUAACAUGACCUAAAAUUUUUAAGGGAAUUAAAGGAACCUUAACACUUUACACCCUCACAUCAGUAUGUAAGUUCUCCAUACUGUUCUUUAUACAUUUCCUAUGGUGCUUGCAAGGAGAACUUGUUUAACAAUCAAGAGCUUCUUGAGUUUCUGAUGAUUUCCCUUAUUCUCAUGAACUUAAUGUUUGAUUUAGGGGUGAUACUGUCGGGAGAAAUUUGAUGCCUAUCACUCUAAGGUAGUAAAGGGUUGAGUUAUUUUAAAAAAUCAGCAUACAAUGAACUCUAAUACAUGAUUUUUAAAACAUAGUACUCUUCCAUCUCUCUCUGUAACAUUUUUGUUAACUUCUUUUUGUCGUUAUCAAUGUUUUCAUCUAUUCUUUUUAUUUUAGGGCCCUGGUGGUUUGACUGACUACAUUGCAGCAGAAUACAUCCCAGACUUUCUUGGUGGACCUUAUGAGGUUAGAAAUAUUAGAAAGGGAACAAUGAAACAGGGUUGUCAUUUGAUAUUCUGCGAGCAGUCAUCGUAGAGCUGAUUUACGUCAGCAUUACUCAGAUUAAAGAUUCUUCUGUAGCUAAUUUUUUGCUCGGCUAGAACAAAAGGUUUUUCUCUGGGCAGUUCUAAUGUUCCUUGAUAUUUUCCUUUUGCUUCUAUUCAAUGAGUAAACUGGUGUCCUUUCAUAUCUUAGUGACUUCCUUUUCUAUGAAGGUUAAAAAAAAGUGCUAUCAACUCUCAAUUCCCUGAGAAUUACCUAACUUUUAAUAAGAAGUUAUUAAGGUGUAAUUUUAAAAGAUGUUCCUUUAUUUUCCUUUAAAGUGCCAAAUUAAGGAGGGGGGACUUGUCCCAAAGACUCUAUACAGAUCUCUGGAGUUCAGUGAAGGAGAGGAAUCUUGGAGCAGUGAAAUCUACCAAACAACACAUGUUAGCAAGGGCUCACCUCAUGAAGUAAGGGAUGGAAUGUCAGAAAAAAACUGUAUUAAUUAAAUAAUGGGCCUCAGCCUCCCAUAUAUUUCUACACUCCAGCAAAUUCAAGAUCAUUUGAGAGAUGAAAGAAUUGGAGAGAUGAUGAUGAUGAUGAUGAUGAUGAUGAUUGUCAUCUUUUAUUAGCCUCUUUUGGAAGCUGGCCACUGGUGACUUGUCUUCUUAGGACUUCCCAGGAAAUGAUUUCCUUUUCCUUCUCAUUUGAAACAUCCUUUCAAACACCAGAUCAUAAUUGAAGAUAAUUUGAAAUCUUCAGUGAUUAUAAUAGCAUAUGUUAAACAUUACACUUGCAGACAGUGGCUUUUAGAUUCCACAAAAUGCAAUCAACUCAAUCUGCGGAACCUGUAAAUACCAAAAUUACUGCUAGUAAACUUAACAACUUCACCUGCUGCCCAACAGGUCCUGGUAACAAUCAAAGAAUCUCAGGCAGUGAUCACGUGGGAUUUUGAUGUCAUGAAAGGAGAUGUCCAGUUUACUGUGUUUCGUCACAAGCGGCCUCGGGAGGCGGUCAGUACCACAAGCUUAUCAAGUUUUGGAAGUGAUGCAUCUCUUAACCAGUCUGGUGUGAUUGCUGGUGUAGAUGCAGUGGUAGUUGAAAAGCCAAGGCAUUGUUAUGAUGGUGAAUCUAUACAGGUAUGUAUCUUGCAAGGCUCAAGGGUUAACCUUCUUCAAAAUUGUAAAGGGGUAAGUUUCUAAAAGACCAGUGGUGCUGUGACAGGGGGGGGGGGAGGGUAUUACAAGAUGACUGAGUUGAUAAUGUUAUUGUAAACUGGCCAUUGUAGGAGUCCCUGAUAUGGACUUUUCAAGUGUUAGCCCUUUGUCAUUUGCCCUGAUAAACUUGCAAACUAUCAGGGAAACCUGAACAAAAACUUUAGUGAACCCUGCGAUAGCUUACAUCAUAGCCCUGGGGGAGAAGCACUACCCAUUGUUGCUUAGUUCAACUUCAGUUUUUGAUGAGUUCCCAAUGGAUAGGCGCUCUAGCUUGUAAGAUGGUUUUGUUGUUUACCAACUAACAUCUUUGUGUUUCUUUCUAUAAGGGAACCCAUGUUUGUUCCAUUCCUGGAGUGUAUGUUCUUCAGUGGAAGUACAAAUCUGGAGCACCAACAGGCCAGGCUCAUGGGCGUCAUACCAGAGCUAAAGUCAUGUACUAUCAUGAAGUUCUUCCCUCUCGAGAUUUUAGGUAGUGUGCUCUGAGGACUGAAUUUUUCACUGUGAUUAAAAAAAAAAAAAAAAAAAAACCCGCAACUGUCCAGUACAGUUCCUAUAGACAUGCAUUCUUGUAAAACUCUGGAAAAAAGAUCAAGUCUUGUGCAAGCAGUCAGGAUGCUGAAGUCUAUGGCCAUUAAUAUUUUAUUUGCAACCAUUCUGCUUAGGCCUUGAGAAUUGAUUCUCAAAAAUUUCGUUGAUUACACUGCAAGCAUAGAAAGUCUUUGUUUCAACACAAAAAUGUGUACAAACAUGGUAAAGAAACUCCUUUUUAAACUCCUCUUCACUUCUGCCUGGGUAGUGUUCAUGAUGGCAAGGAUUGCUUCCAUAUUCAUUUCUUAAACAGCAGUUCAUUUAAAAUGAUAUUCAUACAUUCACAUUCAUUUAAACUCCUUUUGUUAAAUUAUCAAUUCAGUAUACAUUGGUAUAUGAAUUGUAUGAAGUGCACAAUAGGUGAACUGAAAAAUCCCAUUCAUAAUUAUUCAUGAUAGAAAAUUUGUUGAAACUAUUUUCUAGUAGAGAGGGGAUAUAUUUAACAUGAUUUGUGUGACUAUGGUGACAGCGUUUUAUUGUAACAUUCUGUGUCUUCUUUAAACUUAUUUGCUGUUUCAUAAUUUUCAUUCUCAGGGGAUCAUUAUCAAGUCUGGAGUCUUGCCACAGUGGUUUCUCUCAGCUUAGCAUUUCAACUUCAACAAGUCACUCUUCAGGUGUAAGCACUGCUUCACACCCAUCCAGAUAG